GGGCAGAGGGACUAUUCACUCUAGUAUGAUUCUAUUUGUCUUUCUUUUCCUCUUUUUCAUUUCAUGGGCACAUUCAAUAGCACGAGAAACUUCUCCGUUACAUCGCGUUGUUCCGCUUCAGCUUCAGCCAUGGCGGCUUAGUCUAAUUCAAAAAUCCUAAUUCCAACAAUAAUUUUUCUACUCUCUUUCACUUUACCACUGCAAAUGGCUUCAUCACUGGCCCUGCGAUUCAGAUCCCAUCUCCUUCGCACCGCCUCACUCCUCCCCUCUUCCCUCCGCCGCCCUCCAUUCCAACCCUCGCCGCCACUCCUCUCGGCCCAACGCCUCCUCUCCACGGCGCGCCGCGCGGCGCCACGCCCGCGGAAGUCGGUCGACAUCGGCGCGCGCGCCCGACAGCUCCAGACGCGGCGCCUCUGGGCCUACGCCCUGACUUUCAGCGGCCUCGCGGGGUUCGUGGUGAUCGUGCUCAACAACUUUCAAGACCAGUUGGUGUUCUACAUCACUCCCACAGACGCGCUUGAAAAGUACGCGACCAAUCCCUCCAAGGCGCGGUUCCGGUUGGGAGGCUUGGUCCUCGAAGGCAGCGUGGUUUACCCGGCGUCGAAGCCGGAGGUGGAGUUCGUCAUCACCGAUCUGAUCACUGACAUCGUGGUCCGGUACGAGGGGUCCUUGCCGGAUUUGUUCAGGGAAGGGCAUUCCGUGGUGGUGGAAGGGAUCGUGAAACCGUUCACGGAGGAGAUAAAGAAGGAGGUGUCGACGAAUAACGUGUCCGAGAAGGCGAGGAAAUUAGAGUGUUAUUUUUGUGCCGCGGAGGUUCUCGCUAAGCACGAUGAGAAGUAUAUGCCGAAAGAAGUUGCCGCUGCUAUUGAGAAGAAUAAGAAGAUUAUUGAAGAAGCUGCCGCUGCCGGCGUAGCGGCGGAGGCACCCAAGACCACCUAGAUAGGAUAUUCACGGUAUUGAUCAAUUUUUGAAAUUACAGAUAGAGUGUCGUCAUUUUUUAGGGAUGUGGAUGGAUUAUUUAACUAUAGGAUGAGAAUUUUUAUAGAGUAAUAAUUAGGAAGGAAUACGGAUUAAACAGAGGAAUUUUGAUUGAUUGUUUAUUACAUGAGGCAAUUGUUUCCUGUUGUUGUAAUGCAUUAUUGUGCGAUUAUAUUUCUCAAUAAAUGUUUAGCCAAAUGACAA